CUCUCUCUAACCCUCCCAUUUUGGAUUUUAAUGGCUUCAGAUAUCUCAGUAGCAGUUCCUUCAGAAUGUAGCCCAUUUUCUCGGUCCCAAACCGCAAAAACACUUGCAACAGAGAGACCCUGGUUGAAUCUUUAUGGUGUUAGGGUUCGGCCUGUAGCUCCUUUCGAAAGUCUCAGCGGCAAGCGCUUUGUUGAUCCGGCCCUUAUUCAUCGUUGUUUGCCAGAUGAGUUGCUCUUUGAGGUUUUUACAAGGAUGUGCCCAUACACUCUAGGAAGGGCCGCAUGUGUCUGUAGGAAGUGGAGAUACACUAUUCGAAAUCCUAGUCUAUGGCGAAGUGCUUGCCUAAAAACUUGGCAGAUGUCAGGAGCAGAGGCUAAUUACAAAAUUGUUCGGUCCGUGUACGACGGUUCUUGGAGAAAAAUGUGGGUUCAGAGGCCGCGACUUCGAACUGAUGGUCUCUAUGUCAGUCGGAACACUUAUAUUCACACCGGGGUUGCAGAAUGGAAGGUUACGAAUCCUGUCCAUGUGGUUUGUUACUAUCGAUACCUGCGAUUUUACUCGAGUGGCAAGUUCCUCUACAAGAUCUCUUCUCAGAGAGUUAAAGAGGUGGUGAAAUGCAUGAAUUUCCGCGCAUCUAAAGCCGACUGUGUUUUCAAAGGCGACUCUAUAUUAUCUGGGGACCAGGUCGAAGCUGCUCUUUUGUACCCAGGCCUGCGUCUCACUCUCCUUAGGAUGCGCCUUAGGCUUAGAGGGACGACAAUAGGAGCAAACAAUCGACUGGAUGUCGUGAAGCUCGUCACAACCGGAGUCAACGAAGAUGAUUUAAAGAACAGAGAGGACGACGUGCUGAGAAUUGUCGAAGGUUGGGAGGAGGACGAGACGCACGACCCCGACGUGCCGGCUAUCUCGCACCGCAGGGGUUUAACUCCCUUUGUUUUCGUCCCGUUCGAAGAGACCGAAACAUCAGUGUUGAAUCUUCCGGUCGACAAGAUGGAUUACUUCGUACCUGGAUGAUAAUGUCCUCGAUUUCGUAUCAUGUGUAUAUGUACAUAUAAACAUAUGCAUAUCCUGUUACUCUUAUUUGUAUUCGUCGCGUUCGCGCUUUUAGCUUUCUCCUUAAGGAUUGUGCAAGCUUGGAAUUGUUGUUGUUCUAGAUAUGCAAAACUGCAUUUUGUCUGUGCUUAGAAGAAAUGAUGUUGUUGCCUUUUGCAAUCUCUAGUGUGUAUGUGUGUGUGGUUGUGUGUUUUUUUUUAAUCUUUUUCAUGUUUUUAGUUUCUUUGGAGCAUAAACAUGCCAAACAGUGUGGAUCUUUUGGUUUCCUGUAAAUGGAUAAAUAAAAUUUUUGUCGUGCGUUUUUA